AUGGCGCCUCCCCUGGCCAAAGUUCUGAUGGUCGCAGAGAAACCUAGCAUCGCUCUAUCUAUUGCUUCUGUUCUCUCUCGCUCUCAGGUACUCAUUUCGCAUCCUCUCCAAAUUCACGGUGAGUGGCAUGCAAAGCAAGAAAUUCUCUAUUACGAUGCUGUUGCACAACUUCCAUAUGAUCAAAGGAAGGAAAAGAUAGUGCACCAUGUAGAUUUUCCUGCUAAAUAUCAAGAUUGGUCAGCCACAGAUCCGUUAGAUCUUUUUCAGGCUCAGGUUAUAAAGAAUGAGUCAAACCCAAAGUGUACUGGUUUCAAAACAAAUGAUACUUAUCGUGCACGGUUCUCUUCUGUUACUGAGAAAGAUGUUGUGAAUGCUUUAGAUAACCUUGUCAGACCUAACAAAGACGAGGCAUUAGCUGUAGAUGCUAGGCAAGAGAUAGAUUUGAAGGUUGGAGUUGCCUUUACUCGAUUUCAAACAAGUUAUUUCCAGGGAAAAUAUGGGAACCUAGAUUCCAGGUUGUUGAUUAUGAUGAUGAUUGUGAUGGAACCAAAUGAGAAGGACUACCACAGGGGUAGUGAGCUAGCACAUGAGGACAAAAAGUUUGUUUACAACAGUAGACAGGUGGCAAAAGAUCACGAAAAGAGGGGAGUGCGAACAACCAGAGAGAGGAAACCAAAUCCCAAAUUACUUGAUUACGAGAAAUGUCAGCCAGUUGAGACUACUGAAUCACACAAGUCUGCUAACAUCUUUAAGUCCACAAUGCUUAAAAGCCUCGAUCUGUUUCUGCAAGUCAAAAAGAAAAGACUGAUCAAAUUUUUUAUUCUUCUUGCAAAUACUGCUGAUCUCAAGAUCAGCUUGGACCUGAGACUGUUUUUGAUUGUGCUAAUUGCUGCCAAUGUCAGCUAUGGACCGUGUCAGACUCCUACUUUAGGAUUUUGCGUGCAGCGGUAUUUACAAAUAAACACUUUCAAGCCAGAAAAGUUUUGGAGUUUGCACCCUUACAUAAUUCAAAAUGGCUAUGAAAUUCAGCUAGAAUGGCAACGUGGGAAAUUGUUUGACAUAAAUGUUGCUAUGAUGUUUCAAAAGCUGGUUUCCGAGGAUGGACUUUUGGAAGUUACUGAAAUAUCAGAAAAGCAAGAAACCAAAAGUCGCCCUGUUGGUCUAAACACAGUGAAUCUUCUAAAGGUUGCUUCAAGUGCUCUAGGAUUUGGACCUCAGAUGGCUAUGCAACUAGCUGAACGGUUGUAUACUCAAGGAUUCAUCAGCUAUCCACGCACGGAAAGUACAGCAUACCCUCCUUCAUUUGACUUUCGUGGUGUACUCUCUGCACAAGCAAAUAAUCCAACAUGGGGUAAUUAUGUACAAGGGCUACUUACCACUGGUUAUCAAAAGCCUCGAUUGGGAACAGAUGCAGGUGACCAUCCUCCCAUUACUCCAAUGAUAUCAGCAGCAGAAGAUAUGCUGGGCAAUGAUGCUUGGAAGCUGUACCAAUAUAUUUGUCAACACUUCAUAGGUACAGUGUCUCCCGACUGCAAGUAUAUAAGGAGAAAGGUUGAGUUUUCCAUUGGCGGAGAGUCCUUUCAUUGUAUAGGGCAGCAGGUUGUCACCAAAGGAUUUACUGCUAUUAUGCCUUGGUUGGCCUUAAAUGAUAAAAAUAUUCCAUCGUUUAUAAAAGGGCAGAAAAUAGAAGUAUCAAAACUGGAGUUCUAUGAGGGGAGUACCAGUGCUCCAGAUUACCUUACCGAAAGUGAGCUGAUAUCCCUGAUGGAGAAGAAUGGAAUAGGAACAGAUGCAUCAAUUCCUGUACACAUUAACAACAUAUGUGAGCGGAAUUAUGUGCAGGUACAAGCAGGCAGAAAGCUUGUCCCAACCACAUUAGGCAUAACAUUAGUAAGAGGUUACCAAACUAUAGAUCCAGAUCUCUGCCUGCCUGAUAUUCGUAGCUUCAUUGAGCAACAAAUUACUCUUAUUGCCAAGGGUCAGGUGGAUCAUCGUCAUGUGGUGCAGCAUGUAAUCCAACAGUUCAAGCAGAAGUUUAGUUACUUUGUCAAAAAGAUUGAAGACAUGGAUGCAUUGUUUGAAGCACAGUUUUCUACGCUUACCGAUUCAGGACGAAUUCUGAGUAAAUGUGGUAAAUGCUUGAGAUAUAUGAAGUACAUUUCUACUCAGCCUUCACGAUUGUAUUGUGGUACAUGUGAGGAGGUCUAUUAUCUUCCACAGAAGGGAGCAAUCAAGCUGUACAAAGAGCUGUCUUGUCCUUUAGACAAUUUUGAGCUUUUGAUUUGCUCCAUGCCUGGUCCGGAUGGUAAAUCAUUCCCACUAUGCCCAUACUGCUACAGUAAUCCCCCAUUUGAAGGCAUUGAAGCACUCAUCAAUACCGCUAAAACUGGUACUGCUGGCAAGAUUGGCAAGGGAGCUGGCAUGCCCUGCAGCCUAUGCCCUCAUCCCAGUUGCCCAAAUUCUCUGGUUUCCCAGGGUGCUGGCUCAGCUCAGCUCAGCACAGCAAAAUUAAUUCUUAAAACGCACCACACAACACCCACCCUUCUAAGCACUGCGCUUCUGCUCUCUCCCCUUCUCUCUCUGCAACUGCAAGCUUAG